AACUGGUGGAUUGUGAUCAUGUGAAAUCCUCAAGACAGCUAGUAAAAUGUUAAAAUAAUUAUUACGGACAGUGUAACCGAUUUAUAAUAAUUAUAUAUUACAGACUGUGUUUUAUUGUUUUCUUCCCGUGAGUCAUAAUUUGCAAAUCGACAACUACAGAAAUGACACGCAUGUCCAAGUGAUCUGCCCGGGUCGGCGCGAAGAACCGCUUCCGAAACACCGAACAGAGUUUGUAUGGUUGACUGAGGCUAUCUACAUUACAUCUUCACGCCGAAUCUUUGGGAAAUGGCGUACACAACGCUGAACAGAGCUCAAUUGAGCUUUGAUUAUCUGCAUACUAAUUCAACAACCCAUGAAUUCUUGUUUGGAGCAUUGGCAGAAUUGCUUGAUAAUGCCAGAGAUGCUGAUGCAACAAAAAUCAAUAUAUAUACAGCCAAGGACAAAGAGCUGCGAGGUGGCUUUAUGAUGUGUUUCCUUGACGAUGGAGAAGGCAUGGACCCAAAUGAGACUGCUGAUAUUGUCACAUUUGGAAAAUCCGCCAAGAAGUCCAUUGAUCUGAACCAAAUAGGAAUGUAUGGCAACGGUCUCAAGUCAGGCUCAAUGAGAAUCGGUAAUGAUCUGAUUUUGUUCACGAAGAAAGGCAUGACCAUGUCUUGUCUGUUUCUGUCCCGAACUUUCCACGAGGAAGAACACAUUGAUGAGGUGAUUGUUCCUCUGCCAUCGUUUGAAGCCUCCACAAGACGGCCGCUGACAAAAGGUGCUAGGGCUGCAGAGAAGCAUGAAGUAGAGAUGGGGCUCAUAUACAAGUAUUCACCAUUUCGGUCGGAAGAGGAGUUUUUUGCUCAGUUUGACAAAAUUGAGGGUAACUCGGGGACACUUGUGGUUGUGUACAAUCUGAAACUGCUGGACAGUGGCGAACCAGAGCUGGACAUUAAUUCUGACCCUGAGGACAUUCUUCUUGCUAAUCCAGAGUCUGAUUUUGAUCCAGAUGCGGAUCUAGUGCCAGAGAGGAAGUCAUUCAGAGACUAUACCGCAAUUUUGUAUGUGGACCCAAGGAUGAGGAUAUAUAUUAAUGGUAAAAAAGUGCGGACUAAGAGACUCUCGUGUUGCCUAUACAAACCUAGGUUUUACAAAUAUUCUUCUAAUCGAUUCAAAGCACGUUCGGAACAUGAAGCCAAGCGAGCGAUGGAUGAAGCCACUUCCGCAGAAAACAAAGCGAGGGAAGCUGAAAGCAAAUCAAAAAAUUUAGAAAACAAAUUAGGAUCAUCAAUAUCAAGAGACCAGAGGGCGGACCUACGAAAAGCACAGACCUUUGCAGCAGAAUGCAGAAGAGAAGCACAGAUUAAACGUCAGAUAGCAGACAGGAAGAGCAAAGCGCUAAAAGACCCGAAAACUUUGAACUUUAUUUUUGGGAUGAACCUAGAGAACAGGGUCCAUGAUGGUGUGUUUGUCUACAACUGUAGCAGAUUGAUCAAAAUGUACGAGAAGGUUGGACCACAGGCGGAGGGAGGAGUGAAUUGCAGUGGAGUUGUAGGUAUUGUUGAUGUUCCGUACCUGGUGCUAGAGCCCACUCACAACAAGCAGGACUUCGCAGAUUCCAAGGAGUUCCGGCAUCUCAUGAAGGCCAUGGGGGAGCACAUGUCACAGUACUGGAAGGAUGUGGGCAUCAUUCAACAAGGAGUCACAAAAUUUUGGGAGAACUUCGGUUACAUAUCACCCAUCUGGACAGACCGACCAUCAGAAGAUGUGAAAUAUGUGAGGAAAAGAGCCAUGCAGAUAAAUGUAACACUCCAAUGUGAUAUGUGUUUAAAGUGGCGGACACUUCCGUUCUCCUCUAACAACAUCGGCAAGGAGUUCCCUGACAGCUGGGUUUGCAAUAUGAACACUGAGCAACAGCAUAAUAAGUGUUCAUCAGCAGAACAGAAAAUGAACAUCCCAGAGGGUCUCCUGAAGAAGGAGGUGAAGACUCAGGAACAGAAGAAGAAGGACCUGGAAGAAGAAAUCCGCAAGAAGCAAGACAUGUUGGAAAAAAUGCAGAGAAACAAAGUAAUCAAGUCAUCCAAAGAACUGCAGGAGUUGCAGAGAAUGAGAGAAGAGGAGAAACUGAAGGAGAAGGAACGAGAGAUCCGUGAGAAGGAAAGACAGAGAGAAGAUGCGGAGAGACAGAAACUGAAGGAAGCAAAGGAGAGGGAGAAACAGCGAGAGAAGGAGGCCCGGCAGCGAGAGAGGGAGAGACAAAUGCGGGAACGAGAGGAGAGAGAAGCUGAAGCAAGGGAGAGGGAGAGGGAACGAGAGAAGGCGAAGAAGGCUGCCUCUAGAGGCCCAUCUAGGACAGCCACAGUGCGGACGCCAGAACCAGCUCGAAAAUCAAACCAUGCUGCUGCAGCCAAGACUAGAGCCACUAUCUCCAAGGCCUCGCCCAAACCCAGUCCAAGGACCACCCCGAAACCCAGUCCCAAGACGGCUGUCAAGUCUAAGGCAAAUGACCUGAAAUCUCCACCAACACCCAAGGCGGAAGCCAUCAAGAGGAGGGCUUCGUCAGCGUCAUCUACUGCUGAGUCAGACACAGAGUCACGGAGAAGUCGGAACUCACAGUCACGUGACUCUGACUCAGAAACGGCCCCAGCCAAACGAACGAAAACCCACACAAUAGAUUCCGACUCUGAAACUCCAACACCAAAGAAACAACCUAAACCAGGAAUAUUUUCACCAUCAAAACCAGAGAAUUUUGAAGAGAACGAAGCUGAUGCAACUGGUGUGUCGGAUGCCUUGGGAAUGGAUGUUGAUGAUGUCACUGAGAGUGUGUGUAUAAAAGAUGCUGAUAGUAACGGUGAAAUAGGGCAGAGAGUGGAAGCAUAUGUAAAUAAUAAAUGGUACCCGGGAGUGGUUGUUAAAGUCAACGCAGCAGAGGCCAAAUGGAAAGUAAAGUUCGACAACAACCAGAAGGAUAAAUAUGAUAAAUGGUUUGAAAAAGGGGGUUCCGACAUCAGAACAUCAAAGCCCGGUCAAACUGGUGACACAUCCACCACUGGACCCCCCUCUCCUGCAUCCAUCUCAUCACAUGACACUGCCACAGAGGCACCCACAUCUUCAACGGCCACCCCUGCUAUCACGUCUUCUCAGUCCAGCCAGAUCACCGAUGAGAUAGCUAAUGGUUACAGGACGUGUCUUCGGUAUUUCCUUCCUCCACAGUGGAUCAUGGACAAGGAGACGAUAUCAGCCAUGUCGCUGCCGGAGCUGGCUGGCUUCCCACUCGAUGACUUCUUCGACCACUAUGAGAAGGGCCUUAGAAGGCUUGUCAGCAACUUCCAGACAGAGGCGUCAGUGCGGAAACAGGAGGCCGAGGAAUCCCAGCAGAAACUUUCAUCAGUCCGAAAACUCAUCGCUAAACUAUUAAAAUCAAUAAAUGAUGAAUUCGACAUCGACCCUGACUCUGAUGGUGACCAGGUGGAUGAACUACUUGCAGCGUGUGUUCGCCAGGCUAUGCAGGGAUCACAAUCGUAGUCUUCACACCGCAGUUAUCUCCCCUUGAUAGCUGCAUUAUAUCCUAUGUAAUUAGGCUCUAUGACUGUUAACUGAACUAAUAUCACACAGGCUUCUGUACAGUGCAUUUUUGCUGAUGCUUUUGUGAACUAUUAUUUAUUUUUUGCCAUAUCUGUUAUGGUUAAAUUCUUUAGUGAUAUUAUAAUCAAGAAUGCUCUACCAUCAGGUGAAUUCCUGAUUUGCUUUGAUGACCAACCUUUUGACAAAUUGAGCUCAUCAGUUGACAUACAUGUCAACGAAAAGAGUACCUGGUUAAAAAUGUUUCUAACAUUUGUUGAAUUUGACAGUACAAUAGCUACACUUAUGUUUUUUAAUCAUGUUUACUUUGUUCACAUUCUUUUUCUCAGAUCAUUCUUACAGACUUUAAAAUCAAGGGGAGAUAACUCUGUUUUUUGGCUUGUGAGUCAGGCCAGUUAGAUCUAGCUAAUGUUUGCUAGUGCUGUUCGUGUUCAUGUGUGUUUAUGCCAUCCUGUACAGAUUCAUGUGUGAAGCAUCAUCCGUAUGUCAUUGUGUACAAAAUCGCGGCCAUUGUAUUCUAAUAUCAAAUCAUUUCAGUACAACAUUCUUAUCAAAUAAAUAUAUUCAUUUAGUAGUUAAUGUUAUGUUAACAUAGAAAUGCUAACCCACUUUUAAAUAUGUUUUGUUAUGACAUGCAUGUACACUCAACGUGUACUUUUGUGUUGAUAGUGCAAUUAUUGAAAUGAUCUUAAUUUUAGAAACCAUUGUUUCUAGAAAUUCCUUAUCCUGGCAUAAUGCCUAUUGCCGUUUGAGGGGUUUGAAUUAUUUUUCUACAAAAUUCUAAACAAAGGCACCACACCUGUUUUUUAUUUUGUUUUAUGAAAAUAAUUUGUUCACUUGCAGUCAGUAAUGUUAAAGAAUUCAAUAUUAGAAACUGAAAGUCAUUAAUAUUGUGGUAAGACAAAAGGGAUGUUAUGUUAAACUUAAACCAAAUGUCAUGCCUCAACAUCUUUUUUCUUUAAAAGAAACCAUAUUUAAUAUUACAUAAUUAGAUAAGCCUUUAGAUUAGAAGAUGCUAUAUUUGAACAGACUGGUUUUAUAUGUGAUGAAGAGAUCAAGAAAAUGUACAUAAUCAAUAAAAAUCAACGGUUAAUUAAUUAAUUAGCAGUUAAGCAAGGAAUAAGUAUGCAUCCUUGUCUUACACCUAACCUCUGUACAGAUGGUAACAGAAUCUUUAUUUCGGGCUCUAUCUUAGUAUCAUUUGGGAACAGUAACAUUAAAUACUGGUCGGUAGUAAUCAUGUUUGUUAAAAAAAUGGUCAACUAUAUUCCAUUAUUCUAUGGAUAUUAUAUUUUUGGCAAAAAAAUCGCCAAUGAUCAAGUAAAUAUUGAAGUAGUAAUAUCUAAUACACUUUUUAAAGAUCUUUUAUUUCCUGAAAUGACUUUUUAUUUGUUAAAAGUUAGAUCUCACUCGAGUCUCCGAGUUUGUAGUUAAUCAAUUUGUUGAAUUUAUACUGCUUUUAGAAACUAAUGCUGUGUACAUACACCUUUUAAGAACAUAACUGUUGUCAUUUUGUGAUUCAUAAUAUUUUAAGAUUUUAAGAAUGCAACAAGGAACAAUUCUAGAUGUUGUAACUGUAUAUAAAUCUGGAUUCUAUUGUCAGUGUUAACUGUCUGGAUAGUAUAUAUAUAUAUAUUUGUUUUGUGCUGUUGAAUGUCUACACCUAUGUUCAUAUGUCAACCAAGAGAAACACAGUACAGGCAUGGUUGGAUUGGUUGGAGCCAGGUGUAGUGAUAGUGGUCGUAUUCCAUACUGUGUGAUACAACUGGGGAAACGGGGAACAUGCUGACACAGCAGAAUUCACUCUUCAUCUAAUGUAACUCAUGUCCCACAUAUCAACAGGUGCUUUACUGUAAAUGUCACGAGGAAAUAGUUCCCUGUAAAUUUAUGGCAUAUUUGUAUGGACACUAAAUUGUAUUUCUAGACUUUCAAGGGGCACUGGUGCCCAAGUCGUGUAAGGUGCUGCAAUUUGCUGUGCGGGGUUGCGUCGACCUGGGCACGCAAGAAACCUAUGAUCGUGGGUUAGAAUCCCAGUUCGCCCCGAUUAUGUUUCUAGGUUUGUCAGCACCAUACCCUUGUGGU